CCUCCCCCUCUCCCUUCCUCCCUUCCCUCGCCAUGUCCACCCGCUCGUGCCGGGAGAAGGCGCAGAAGCAGAACGAGCAGCACCAGGCCAUCCUGGCCAAGCUCCUGAGGGAGGAGGACAAUAAGUACUGCGCGGACUGCGAGGCUAAGGGUCCACGAUGGGCUUCCUGGAACACUGGUGUCUUUAUUUGUAUCAGAUGUGCUGGUAUACAUCGAAAUUUGGGUGUUCAUAUAUCCAGGGUCAAAUCCGUCAACUUGGACCAAUGGACGCCAGAACAAAUACAGUGCAUGCAGGAGAUGGGAAAUACCAAGGCAAGGUUACUUUAUGAAGCUAAUCUACCAGAGAACUUCCGAAGACCUCAAACAGAUCAAGCCGUGGAAUUUUUUAUCAGGGAUAAAUAUGAGAAGAAGAAAUACUACGACAAAAAUGCAGUCAAUGUCAGCAGUAUGUCUUCCUCUGAAGCUGCUCAGCCUUUGGCAUCCUCUCCUUCUCUGCAAGCUGCUUCUGAGAAAGCUAAGAUAGAGAAGGAAAAGGAAAAAAAGAAAGAAGAGAGAAAGAAAGAUAGAGACCCAGAAAAACCUUUGAAAUGUUUAGGAGUUGAAAAACCUGAGAAGAAAGAGGACCAGCAACUGGAACUUAAAGCAAGUCCCAAGAAAGUUCCAGAAUCUACUGUUGACCUUCUAGGACUUGAUGGCCCUGCUGAUCCUGCUGUUGCAAAUGGAAGCAUCACCAUUCCUGUUGCAGCUCUGAAUGAUGACCUGGACAUAUUUGGCCCAAUGAUCUCUAAUCCCUUGCCGGCCUCUUCUGUACCUCCUUCCCAGAGUGCUUCCACUAUCUCUGCAGCCCCCACUUUAUCUGCUGCAUCUGGGGACCUUGAUCUGUUCACCGAACAAACAAAAUCAGAAGAGUCAGCAAAGAAACUGCUCUCCAAAGACUCCAUCUUGUCACUGUAUGGCACAGGGACCAUGCCACAGCAAAAUGCUCCAGGUGUCUUCAUGGGACCACAGUCUAUGCCCUUCACUGCACCACCAUCAACUCAUUUUCAAGGCUUUCCAGCUAUGGGAGUGCCUGUACCUGUAGCCCCUGGAAUGAUGGGAAACAUGAUGGGACAGUCAGUGCCUGUCAUAGGACAAAACACAGGAAUGAUGGUGGGCAUGGGGAUGCCCAAUGGCUUUUCUGUGGCUGCACAGGCUGCUGGUUUGGGACUUCCUCAAAAUGUUGUUGGCCCCCAAGUAACAACAGUGGGACCGGUAGCUGCCCCCCAGAAUAAAUAUGGUAUGCAGCAAAAUCAACAAGCUCAGUGGAACCUCACUCAGAUGAAUCAACAAAUGGCUGGAAUGAAUCUGAGUAGUCCAAGCAAUAUGAUGAGCUUCAGCCAGCCCCCAAAUACAGCAGCAGGAUGGACGGGAAGCUCCUCAGGACAGACUCUCAGCACACAACUCUGGAAAUGAAAAAUGGCAAUAGAAACUCCACCCAGAUUUGAGAUCUGACAUUCCAUGCUCAAACGCAUCUAGUUUCCCUGGUCUGUCCACGUACAUAUUUUCUCCCUCUUCAACCUCACAGAAUUGUUCACAUUAAGAAGUAAUAUUAACUGACAGUGUUGUGGUCUGUAUUGACUUAAAUUUUGAUGUAGUGAAAAGCAGGUUGAGAACACCUAUCAUCGGCAGCUUUUUCAUUCCACAGUACAUCUGAUUUCAUGAAUCAUAUUCAGAAGAACUAUGUGACCAACUACAUACUCAAAUUAUUUUAUCAGUUAUAGAUCAAAUGGUUGCAUAUAAGGGAAAUAGAUAUCAUGUUAGUACUAUAUCUAAGGUGUAAACCCCACCCAGAAAAUUACCCAGUAUUCCUGUAGAAGGUACUGUAUGAACAAAUGAUAAUCAUAUAAAUAAGAGUGUACAUGCAUCACUAAAGAUUUUUUUGUCCU